AUGUCAGCAGACACCCGCCCAAUAUCCCCAACCCAAUUCGCCUCCGCCCUCCGCGACCUCUCCCUCCCAACCCUCCACCUCAAAGCCCUCGAGAUCCGCAACUCCAUCCUCCACCUCGAAUAUUCAAACGCCCAGCUCGCCCCCUACGCAGCAGGUGACGCCACCACCCUCGACUCGGCAACCGACGCCUCGGCGGGGCACGGCCCGGACCCGACCUGCGUCGAAGCCAUUCGCGAAAACGACGUCGUCAUCGCCCGCAUGCGCGACCGCGUCCAGAUUAUCCGCGACGAGGUCGAGGGCAGGGGACACUCGUGGAACGAGUUUAAGAGUAAAGAGGAGAUCGAGGAGGAGGAGGCGGGCCAGGGGGCGGCGGAUCGGAGGGGGAUCACGAGCGAGUCGGUCGCCGGCGCGAACGGUAUUAAUGGGAAUGGGAUCCCAGCGACUAACGGGCUUGGUGCGGCGGCUGCGGAGGAGGAUAGGAUUGCCUCUGGACGUCAGGGUGCGCCGGCGACCAACGGUGGUGGUGGUGGGGGUGGCUCGUCGACUACUGCGGCGAGCUCGUCACACCCUGCUUGGAUGGACGGUACAUUCCAGAUGGGCACGAUACGCAACGGUGUGAUCACGAUGGGUGGCCCCCCCACGCAAUCCACCCAAUCUACUCAGCAAGCAAACGGCACAGGUGGACGCCUAGCGGACGAUGAACUGCGGCGGGCCAUGGAGGAGCGCAUGAGAGGUCUCGGCGAUGACGACGAGGACGGCGGAAUGCAUCUGUAG